AUGGCGUAUGUCCGUAUCCCGAUAAACCUCGGACGCACGUACCACAUUGAUGCAAUAAUAGACUUUGCUCAUUGCGUCACUGAGACUGGCUUGUUGGGGGCAAAACCUGCAGAUUUUCCAAUGGAGCAGAAUCACAAGUUAGCUUUGGCAGAAGGGAAAGAUUUUUUAGAUGGUGAAAAUCACCGAAGGAAGAGCAUUGGGAGGCGGCUUGACAAGCUGAUAUGCAACGAGAGAUACAAAGACUUCAACUACGUCUUGCCCGUUACGAAGCUGCAACUAACCCUUCCCAGUUCCCACCGAUCAGAAGAAGAGCACUCUGAUGGUGCAGACGAAGAUUUUAAUCCCUUUCACCAACCCGAGGGUGAAUCAUCAAGUGGAGAGACUUCUUAUACCCAGCGAAAUCGUCAUCGACACCAACAAAAAGAGUUUGGAAUCAAAGUUGAGAUUCCAUAUUUUGAAGGAGGUGUUCAUCCCAAUGAGUUCAUCGAUUGGCUCCACACAGUGGAACGUGUCUUUGACUUUAAAGACAUUCCGGAUGAUCGCAAGGUCAAGUUAGUUGCCAUCAAAUUCAAGAAACAUGCAUCCAUUUGGUGGGAAAAUUUGAGGCGACAACGUGAACGAGAAGGUCGUAACAAGAUUCGCACAUGGGAUAAAAUGAAACGCGAACUUAAGCGUAAAUUUUUACCCAGUCACUAUCGUCAAGAUAUGUUUCUUAAGUUUCAUCACCUGGAACAAGGAAACAAAUCGGUGGCCGAGUAUGUUGCUGAAUUUGAAGAGUUAUCAAUGAAGUGUGACAAUACUGAGCCGGAAGAACAAACCAUUGCAAGGUUUUUAACGGGCUUAGAUCUGAAAGUUUCUAAAGUCGUACAACUCCAACAAUAUUGGUCAUUCAAUGACGUCACCAAGCUUGCUUUGAAGGUUGAAGGUCAACAAGCAAAGGAGAAGACGAGUUUCAAGUUUGUCCCUAAGGAGGCUUACUGUGGAAAUACUCCCAUCAAGAUAAUCUCUCUUGUUGAGGGGGAAUUGUUAGAAGAAGAAAACGUUGAAGAUAACCAUGAGGAUGACGAGGAUCAAGAGAUCUUGCAUGCUGACGAGGGUGAAUCGUUAGUUGUACGUCGUCUCCUUAAUGUGGCUCCAAUCAAAGAAGAUGAGUGGCUACGCAACAAUAUCUUCCACACCAGAUGUACAUCUCAUGGAAAGAUAUGUGAUGUCAUCAUUGAUAGUGGCAGUUGUGAGAAUGUAAUGGCUACCAUGGUCGAAAAAUUGAAGUUGCCUACGAAGGAUCACCCUCAUCCUUACAAGCUCACAUGGUUGAAGAACGGGAAUGAUGUCAAGGUGUCUAAAAGAUGUCUUGUUGAUUUCUCGAUCGGGAAGAAAUACCAAGACAAGGUAUGGUGUGAUGUCAUUCCUAUGGACGCUUGUCAUCUGCUUCUGGGUCUCCCAUGGCAGUAUGAUCGUCGUGCAAAUCAUGAUGGCUUUAAGAAUACAUAUUCCUUUGAAAAGGAUGGUGUUAAAAUUGUUUUAGCACCAUUAAAGAGGGAAUUGUUGGCAAAGCCUAGCCCAGAGAAGAACUUCAUCGUGUCAGAAUCAAUGUUUACCACGACGAUUGAAGAAUCAACAAUUGGUUGUGUUCUAGUCAUGCUCGAGGAAAACAAGGAAGAUUAA